UAAUUCUAGUGUUUCAGGACUAACUGGUGUGCAUCAUUUUUAGGCCUUUAUUUGUUUUCCACUGUGUUUCUAGAAAGUCGCUGUGAUGGCCUCAGCCUUUCUGUCUUGUGUGGCCUUCUGUCUGAUUGGUCCAGUCUUGUCAGAGCUCACAUUGCCACCGACUGAACCACCCCUGAUCCGUGACCAUCCGUUUGUAGCCAUAUGGAACGCUCCUACUGAUGAAUGUAGAGAGCUGGAAAUCCCACUAGACACAGCUGCCUUCCAGGCUGUGACUACUCCUGCAGCUCUUCCAGGUCAGUUUCUCACCAUCUUUUAUGAAGACCGCCUUGGCCUUUACCCAAAAGCUGAUGUCAUCAAGCGCCGGGUCUACAAAGGCGGGGUUCCCCAAAAUGGCAACCUGACGGAGCAUUUAGUCAAGGCUCAACAACAAAUAGAUCACUACAUCUCCCAAGAUUCUUCUCCUGGGCUGGCUGUAAUUGACUGGGAGUCCUGGCGUCCCCUGUGGGAGCUGAACUGGGGAUCCAAACGCAUUUAUCAGAAGUUGUCCAUAGGUCAUGCUCUGCGAAUGGCUCCGUUUUUGACGUCAAAUCAAAUUUCGAAACUGGCGAAGAGACAGUUUGAGCAAGCUGGGCGUCGCUUCAUGGAGAAAACCAUCAGCCUUGGCAUCGGCAAGCGUCCGAGUCGUCGCUGGGGCUUCUACCUUUUUCCUGACUGCUACAACUAUAAGUGGGACAAGGCCAACUACACAGGAAAGUGCUCCAGAAAUACUGUGAAGCAGAACAACAAGAUGAUGUGGCUGUGGCAACGAAGCACUGCCCUGUUUCCAUCCAUCUACCUCCACAAGUCCCUGAGGAACUCCCCCCGAGCUGCACUCUACGUCCGCAAUCGUGUUCAGGAGGCCCUGAGGGUGGCAUCGCUGCCUAAACGCCCCUACACUGUACCUAUCUACGUCUACUCCAGACCUCUCUACAGAGACCAGAAUGAAAAGUUUCAAACCCAGACAGAUCUUGUGAACACUGUUGGAGAAUCUGCAGCUUUGGGAGCUUCUGGAGUUGUUAUGUGGGGAGGAACUAAAGACUAUAACAACAAGGCUGCCUGCCAGUCUCUGUCUGAGUACCUGAGCUCCACCUUCAACCCGUACAUCGCCAACGUGACGGCUGCCGCCAUGCUCUGCAGCGAGCUCUUGUGUCAGGGAAAUGGCCGCUGUGUGAGGAGGAACUACGACUCCCCUCACUAUCUACACCUCAAUCCCAUCUCCUUCCACAUUCUUCGAGCUGGAGGGAAGUACGUGGCUGUCGGUUUUCCGGCCGCCAGCGACCUGAGCGCCUGGGCUGAGAACUUCACCUGCCAGUGCUACGCCGGAUGGCGCUGCGCUCCCAGGCUGGUGCGGCCAACCAAAAUUAAAGUCAUCAUUGUUUAAUCCAUCAGGGAAGUAAAACUAUGUUAAAUCUGAUUUUUAAAAUUGAUGAAGCAAAACUGUUAUCUAGUUGAUAUGAUAUAAACAAAAUGUUUCUCAAAAAAUAAAAAUGAUAUU